AUGUUUACACAUCACGUUUUAAUAAUAUUUUUAGCAGGAAUUUUGUGUAAAAGCGGGAAUGUGUGGGCAGAGGACUUGGACCUAAACUCUCCAUUAAACUCGGGAUUCUCAGUCAAUACCACAACCAAUAAUGGGUUAAUAUACACUGAAAUCUCCUCUAACACUGAGAAAUACAUAUCUAGGGUCAAGAACACGCUUGAUACUCUCUGGGAAGAGAAAGAAGGUCAGAUUUGCAUGGGCGUUACCCUAGUUUCAAGCCCUAAGCUUGACGAUACUUUGGUGUUGAUUGAAGUUCUAACAAGUGACGGUUUCGUAAAUUCUUAUUACAAGAAAAUGGGAAAUCUAUACCUUCAAAUUGUAGAAGGUGAAUAUAAUAAAAAAAUUAGAGAUAUGGAAAUUGUAUCCACUGAUAACACUACACAACAGGGAACUGAUUCUAAGGAUACUAGUAGUAAGGAUACUGAGGAUAGUACCAGUAAUUUGGGUAGCAAUUUGGAAGCUAAUACCCAAAAUACUCACAAAUCAGAUAAUAAAAGUAGAAAUGUAAGUGAAUUAGAUGUUCCCAGUAGAAGAAUUUUGAACAUAUUGGGGUUGGAUAGUAAUGACAGAAUUUCAUAUGAAUAUGAAAUAAAUGAUGGUAUUCCCUGUUUAAUAGUUGAGGUUUUAAAGCCUAAGAAUAAGCGUAUUACUGCGGUUUCAGAGAACGAAGUUUUGAUAUGGGUGGGUUCCGAUUCUGAGCGUUUAUUAACUCUUUCAGCGCACUCAUUUUACGGCGAUUACAGGCUCGUAGAGGUUAUUUAUACCUCUUCUGAACAGUCUGAUAACUUCUCCAAUUACUAUAAGAAAUAUGAUAAUCAGUGGCUCCAAUGUGAUUCUCAGGAGUUUGAGAACACCUACAUGGACAUGAAAAACAAAAUUGAGAUUGUCGGAUCUGUCGUUCUUGACGUUUCAGCUCCCCCCAAUUUGGAAGAGUUUUACCUCAAACACGAGACCUCAGACCUUCUUCAGGCCACAACUUUCUUCCCUCUCACAGGUUAUCAUUUAAAACAAGUUGUUGAUAAAGAUAAACAAGUUUGGAAAUCUGAUUCCAAACGGUCUACUGCUGUCACACUUAUCACUAGUAUAAGUUCUGAUUUAACAGUUAAUAUGUUAAAAAUUGAGAUUACUAAUGAUCGGAAGGACUCUUUUAAGUAUUUCAUGAAGGACAAUUCUGGAAAUUACACCUCAAUUAACAAGGACACUUAUAACAAAAUUAUCAAAGACCCUCAAUCACACUUCAAUCAACUCAAUGGUCAAGUUUUAAAUUCUGACUCCACUCACUUUGAUACUUUAAGUUCUGAAACGCCAAAACCUUCAAAUAGUUCAAAUCUCCGUAAGGUGGGAAUGGAAUUGGACAUAAUGAAUCAUGAUUUGAACUAUGUAUUAGUCGAUACCCGUAAAGGUGUUGAGUUUAGAACCUUUACGCCCUAUAAUGGUUUGGUUUUUACUUCAAUUAAAUAUCUCUCAAACAUUAUUUGGAAGGCACAAAAUGGUCAAAGCUCGACUUUUGUAAGGGUUUUCUUUCCCUCGGGAACACCCAGACUCGGGUUCGUCAAUAUCAACAUCGACCCCUCAACUGAUAAUAGUGUUAAUGGUUUUAAGAGUGGGAAUUCUGAUAUAGUAACUAGUUAUUUUGUGGAUGAUUACGGGACUUGGAAGUUUGUUGAUUUUGAAACCUUUUCAACUCAUUUUGACUUUUACUCAAACAAUGCAGUACCAACACCUGAUUCUUCAGCUGAAUCGCAGGUUCAAUGCCCUUUAAAGGAAGCCGAUCCUCUCAGCUUCUUCAUUUUCGAUAUUAACACUGAUCAAAAUCCUUGA